GGCUUCUAGGGUUGUCCGCCCUCGUUUUCCGAGGGGCGAGUGAGAUUGGUUGGAGGGAGAGGUGAGGGAUUUGGAUGUAUUGGUGGGUAGAGGCGGCAACAGGUCGUUUCAUUGGGGGUAAAGGUCGGUGGUUGGAGUAUUUAGACAACGUCUCUUUGGGGAGCCGUGAUCGAGGGUCGGUGUUUACAGCAGCAGCAGUGCGGUGGUGGAGGAGCACAUGGAAGCUUUUGUUGAUUGCUACAGGCAGAUUUCAAUCGGGACUGAUUUAGAAGAGCUUGAUCUUGAUGAACUUUAUGCUGAGGAAGUUCCGGCGAAGACAGGUCCUAAAGAGUUCCUGGUGAUCGACCAGGUUUUAACUGAUAGAAAGAUUAAAUUUCCGGAUUUAAAAGAGAUGAUGUUAUCUCUGUGGAGGCCAGGGAAGGAUAUGGCGUUUAAGGAGAUCGGAGAAAGAAGGUACAUGUUUACUUUUUUCAUCGUUUUGAUUUGAUGCGUGUUCUUGAAGGAGCCCCCUGGCAAUUUGAACGCAGUCUUGUGAUGUUAAAAGAAGACAUGCCUCGUGAUAUUCCACACGAAAUUAUUUUAAACGAAUCAGAAUUUUGGGUUCAGAUUCAUAAUGUUCCGUAUAGUCUGGUUAAUUUGGGUACUGUCAGACGGGUUGGAAAUUUCAUAGGGCAAUUUGUUAAGUAUGAUGAUUUUCAGAAGAGUGAUAAAUUAGAGCCAUAUAUGCGGGUUAGGGUCCUAAUGAAGAUGGAUAAAUCUUUGAAGAAAGGGACAAAUCUGAAAAAGGAUGACAAAAGUUUUUGGGUAGACUUUAAAUAUGAGAGGCUGCCGAACUUCUGCUUCAUCUGUGGUUUUAUUGGACAUUCAGAUAAUUUUUGUCCCUUAAAUUAUGAAGAAGGCUUAGUUUUAGAAAAAAGAUUUGUGAUCCAUCUCAGAGCAGGGAGUGGGGUGAAAACAAGUCCUACAUGAGGUCAGAAAUGGCUUUUGAAGGGUUAAUCGAGCUCUGGCAGAUCGGGUGGAUAUAUAAUGGCACAAAAUUUAGAGGACAAAAUAGACGAAAAGGUGAAAGAUGUAACGAAUGAAUCAGCCCAAAGCUUCACCAAAGGAGGUGGGGAGGAGUCCAAAUUAAAGAAGAGGUUUCGAAGAGAAGGAAGAUCAGGGUGAUUCAAACAGAGAAAGAACAAGAAGAGGAUGUCAUGGCCUUGGAUGGAACAAAAAAUGGGGAAGAGGCGGGCUUUGCUCCUUAAGCCCACCGAAGACGCUAACGGAAAAGGGGAGGCCGCAAGUUGUGGGCAUGAUUUGUGUCUUCUGGCUGCAUCAGAAGUUUAUUAAGUUUUGUUUGGUUUGCUGUUUCAGAGACCAUUAUGUUUGUUUUGUUGUUUGUUUUUUAUGUUUAUUCCUGUUUGUAAGACGUUGAUUUUGGAUGUGGGGGAUGAGAGGAAUAUGGUGACCGGUUAUGACUUUAAGUUUCCCACUUUUGGAUCAGCGAAUUGUAUUGUUUCUUUGGAGGUGAUUAAUUCUGAGUCUGGUUCACG